AUGAUGGACACAAUGGACUGUGCCAGUUUGUAUGACGGUAAGUUGCGCUCGGCCAUGAUGCCGUUCAUCAUCAAUAAUCGUUCGGACAGUUCGUUCAAGGUUUCUAAAAUCAUAAAUGGAUCUUGGUGUUCUUUAAGUGCAUUAACGAGUUCUGAGAUUCGGGUUAUGCUGCCAAACACCUCUCCGAAGCCUGCACCGGGGAACAUUCUUCCCAGAGCGCUUCUGAACAUGCCGAUCUCGUGGUCUUGGUGGGCAGAGUCGUGGUCUUCGUUAUCGUCUCUGGAGGUGCCAACGGAAUGUUCUGACCGCGAAGAGCUUCCAAGGGCGUUGGCCAGGUUGAGUUCCAAUUGA